AUGACAUACAGAAAUACACCUAACACUGUAACAGGACUUACCCCGGCAGAAUUGUUUCUCAACUGGAAACCUAAAACUAGGCUUGCACUUCUCAAACCUAACCUCAACGCUCGUAUUGACACGAACCUGGACAGACAGAAGGAGAGUUCGGAUAGGCAUAGGGGAAGGGCAAGGUCCUUUGAAGUUGGAGAGAAAGUGUUCGUCAAAACUGUCAGGCAGGAGAAAAUUGAUUGGGUACCUGGAAAAGUUCUGGAGGUAAAAAGUUCUGUAAUAUAUCUUGUUAGUGUAUUGGGAAAAGUUAGGCGUUGCCAUGCUGACCACCUCAGGUCUAGAGUGAACAUGGAAGAGGAGGGGAUAGCAGUGCCAAGUUGUGAGCCAAGGUCUCCCAUGAAACCAGUACUUCCCGAGCGAGGGGAAACUUCAGAGGACAAGGAGAGGCAGCAAGUUUCGCCCAGGCGGCAAUCUCCAUUGAAGGACUCUGAGACUGCAGCGGUCCAGCCAAGACAUGAAGACUCACCUGCGGUAGUGCAGUGCAGCCCGCCCAAUCUUAGAAGGUCAAAAAGGACAAUUCAAAAGCCUGAAAAGCUAGACCUUUAA